AUGGGUCAUAACCCACUUGGACCGGAAGACCACUUUCCGGGUGGCAACGAGAUGGAUAUCCAUGAGGAUACCGAUCCUUCCAUACCACUGUCCGGAACACCGAACCACCCCAUCGAGAUUUCAGAUGGGUCACCGUUUGUGGGAUCACCUUACCAUGGUCCUGACAGUUAUGAGGAGAGAUUCAAGCAGCAUGACUGGGUAUUUACUCCUAGUUACCAUAACUCUCCCCUGCACCAGUCGCAUCACAGCUCUCCCUUGCACUCCCAGCAGCAGCCUCAGCAGCAGCCACAGCAGCAGGACCCCUCUGAGGAUUUCUGGCGUAACGUGGUCACUCCGCCGCCGCCACCACCUCUGGUUUUGCCUCCCCCGCCUCAGAGGCGAAGAGGAAGGAACGCACGGAUGUCUACACGAGGGGGAAUAUGCAUCGGCACCCCUCCACAUUCAGGUAGCAGCCGAUACUCGCCACUGCAUAAAGAACCAGAGAUGGGAGAAUCUUCACACCCCGUCUCAGAGGUAACAUCUGCGCCACCACCACCACAGGAUUUUGGGAACCCAAUCUCCGCUUAUACUAGCGCGGCCGCAUAUAACCCCUUCGAGCCGACUUUUCCCCCAGGUUAUAACUAUACAGAGGAUCCCUACUGGGUAGCCGCGAACUACAACUCUCUCAAUCCGGAGGGUACUUUUGGAGGUCCCUGGACUACGGGACAGUCGACCUAUGGAUACCCAUCAUAUGGAUAUCAGCAGCCGCAGCCUCCUCAACCACCGCAAUAUCAGAUGCCACCGCCGGCACCGAUGAUGUCGCCACCACAAGUUCAAGAAAUCCUUCAAGGGAUAAAUGAUGUGCGACGCGAGAUGCGGCAUGAGUUACGGGAAGAGCGUCGGCAUAAUCGUGGGAUGUUUAAGAAGAUGGUGGAUUUGAUCAAGGGAAAAAGCAAGAAGGACUACUAA